CUUCCACCAGGAUGCGCAGCCAGCCGUUGAGCAUUUCGAAGCUGCAAGAAGAAAAAGAGCUGAACGUGCUCACUGGACUUCCAUGCUUUGAAUUAUUUUACAACAUCUGUGACCUUUACACGGAAUGUCGCACACUAGCACAGAGUAAAAGCUUUUGUAUCUCCAAUGAGGAUGCAGUUUUCAUGACUCUCAUUAAGUUACGCCACAACAUGACCUUUUCUGUUAUUGCUGUGCUGUUUGGAAUUCACCGCACAACAGUAUCAGAUAUUUUUAAGUUCACCGUAACUGCCCUAGCAGGAAUUUUAGCGAAGGCCGUGUACUGGCCAAGCAAGGAAGCUGUUGUCGACAAUUUGACUGUACACUUCAAGAAAUACACAAGCGUAAGGGCAGUGCUAGACUGCACCGAGAUACCGUUGCAGCGGCCAAGAGACCUGGAGUCCCAAUUAUUAACCUACAGCUGGUAUAAGGGCACAUAUACCGGAAAGGUAUUAAUAUGCGAGACACCAGGAGGCCAUAUCAGUUACAUAAGUCAAGUGUAUGGCGGAAGAGCGUCCGACUCUUUCAUCACAAAGGAGAGUAAGAUCAUGGAAAAGUUUCUCCCCUCCAUUGACAGCGUCAUGGUGGACAAGGGCUUUUUAAUUGAUCAGCUUUGCCUGAAUUACCAUGUCGAAAUGGUGAGGCCACCAUUCUUGCGUAAGAGCAAGCAGCUCUCAAAACAUGACGCUGAAAAAAAUCAAAGUAUAGCAGCUGCACGGGUACAUGUUGAACGCGCUAUCCAACGCAUGAAGCAGUACAAGAUUUUGACUAGUAACUUGGGCAUUGAGUUGUUUCCUUACGUUGAUGACAUAAUGCAAGUUAUUGCAGGGAUUGUGAAUCUUUCGAAACCUAUAUUCACGAGUGACAAGUUUUUGGCGCAGUAGAUGUUGCACUGAAAGCUGCUGCUCUACGAGCUUCAUUGCUGGACAUGA